UCCUAGCUUUUCCACAAUGAACCAUUACCAGACCUUGUGCUCUCCCCCCAGUGUCCAACCUCUAGGGAAUGUCUUGUAGAUUUAGCAGUUUCUUUGGCAAGACGGAUCAACAAUCUUGAGCUUCGUAGCGAUUCUCAGCCAUGGAUGACACGGCGUCGCUCUUCUUCCAGCUGACUCCGCAGCAAUCUCUCCCGCCUCGUUUGAAUGACAUCCCCGCAGCCGCUGGUUGGCUGCGGAGCUUCGCCGGGCACAGCUGGCUGGCUUACGGCGCCGGUGGCUGCGUUGUAAUCACAACCGCUCCCUGGCUCGUGCACGGCAGCGGCGCGCGAGAGGACAGCCUGCCACGUGGCGCUCGUUUCUACCACCAGGUCCUGGAACUCCCGCCGUCACUCAAUCCAGAAUCUGCUGACGUGGAUCUCGCAUCACACUCAUAUCCAAUCUUACCGACGACAAUCUUGCCUGAUCAGAGGAGGCAGGAAGGUAGCGCUGCAGGGAAAUCGCCGACUUCGGAGGAUGGGGAGCAGGUAACCGUUGUGACCUGGGCAGCAUCCGAGAGCAGAUUGGCGGGAGUUUUGGCAGCAGCUAAGGGAACCUGCGCGUAUCUCUUCUCUCCUUGCUGUCAAGAUGGCUCGCAGCUACUGGCUUUGCUACCCGGAGCAUGGUCAGAUAUCCCUCUCUCAUGGCAGCCGGCUCAGCUAAUCAAAUUUCCUUCCAAGGUCAUCUCCCUCGCAUGGACGGGCUCAGCAGAUGGCCUUCUGAUCAGCGGCGAGUCAAAUGUCGCCAUGUGGCACCGUUCCAAGAGGAAGCAGCAGGUGACGCCCCUGCUGCAGCCGCUGACGUGUCUGUGGCAGGUGCAGGCACGUGUCGCACAGGGACUGCCCGCGACCUCACUGCACGCAGACGGAUUUGCUGCCACUGCUGACGUGGCAGUAAGAGGAGGGGAUGGAUGUGUAGCAGGGUCGGCAUGGGGACGGCCGAAGGGCAUGGCUAGGGUCUGGUACUUCUGGGGAGAUCAAUGUUCCGCUUUUGACGGUGAUGGGGAGAUUGGAAGCAGGAGCAGAUUGGUCAACGGGAUGUCCGAGGGAGUUUCACGCGUUUCGGGAGGAGAGGAAGCUGGGGAGGGUGUGAUGGAUAGAGAGGGGAUGCGGAGGGAGAGGAGGAUGAGGAGGAUGAGGAGGAUGGGGAGGAGGAAGCAGAGGAUGAUGCUGUGUCCGUGGUUGAUCUGCCGCAUCCAGCACCUGUUGUGGCCGUCCAGUGGAGGCCACAAGAUAGGACCUCCAGGCCUUUGUCUUCUUCUGGGGUAGGUGCAACUGGCGCUGGUGCAGGUGGAUCAGCUGCAUCAGGCUCGGUGCCGUACCACCGUCCGAUCCUAAUGACCUGUGCUGAAGACGGUACGGUGCGGCUAUGGAUGGAGAUUGACAGUGGCAGCGGCCGGACCAGAGGGGGAGGCUCGGCAGGAGCGGCAGGUUCGGGGAGUCGGGCUGGGAGCCGGAUGAGCUCGCCGAAGCACCCAGGGAGCAGCAGGUACGGGAACCAGAACGAGAACCCGAACCUGGAGGCUGGGUUCGGUCAGAAGCGAGGGAAGGGGGCGGAGAGACAGGUGGCUGACGAGGGUAGAUGGGCGAGUCCCCCUGCUUUUUUCGUGUGUGCUGUUGUUGAUGCAAACAUGUCUCUAGGCGGGAGAUUGGGGAUGGAUAUUUCUGUGCUGUGGUCCAAGGAGGUUCGGGUGGGGGAUGGAAGUAAGAGUGUGAGUGCGGGAGGAGGGGAGCAGGAGGAGGAGGAGGAGGGGGGUCGUUUGGAGUGGAGUUGAUACAAGGAGGUGAUGUGGCGCCCUGUGAGUGGCUGGUUGGCGUGGGCCCACGUGGCACCGUGGUUCUCUGGGCCGUGUUCUGCCUGGAUGACACGUCACCGCCCCGCUGUCCGCGACUGAUGAUGUGGCAGCAGGCAACUGGCGUUCUGCAGAAUAAGGGACUCGGCCACACGCACACGGAGAGUCGCACCCACAAUCACACCCACCCUCACAAUCACCUUUCCUGCCCUAGAACCCACCUUAUCUCAGCCAUCGUCCAAAGAGUCACCGGCCAGUCCGGCAGCCCUCCCAUGGCAGUCGAAAUCGCAGAGAAGCUGCCCGGGAGCUUUGUCCGCUGGUCGCGCCUGUGGCCGCCUGUGCUUGCGAUAGGAGCCGGGGGGAAAACGGGCGGCAGGAUUGGGGUCAGUUCGGAUGGAGCAGCAGGGGGAGGCGGAGGGGCAAGCCAUAGCGGCGUGGGCUACAACAGCCACAUCAACAGCAGCAACACCGUCGGCAGCAACAGCAGCAGCACCAUCAGCAGCAGCAGCAGGAAGGCAGCAUGGGGGUGCGUGAGCCAGCACCUGCAGCUCACGGGGCACAGAGGGGCGAUAUCAGAGAUGGCUGUUCACCCUGCGCCAGCCUUCCCCAUCGCUGCUACCCUGGACGCCCACGGCAGUACCCUCCUGUGGGGCCCACGCACCCCUCCCUGGCUGUCGCUGCUCACAGAAGCCCCAGAAGGUUGCUCUAAUGAGUGGGUUCUGCUGGGCUCGCUGCCCUGCCUCGCCCACCUUCCCUCUGCUGUGGCUCAAUCGAGUGUGCCUGUAGAGGGAGCUGCGUCUCAGCAGCAAGUUCUGUCUGCAGCAGCAGACCUGGCAGCAGAUUCAGCAGAUUCAGCAGCAGCAGCAGCAGCAGGGUUAGCAGGCAGUGGGGGUAGUUACGUGAAGGGUUUCUCACGGCUGGCGUGGACCCCUGUCCUGCUGCCAGGUGGCGCAAGCAUACUGGCUGUUGCUGGCGUGGCGAGUGUGGAUUUGUAUCUAGUGAGACGCGUGCGUGAGGGGGAGGACAGGGAGCAUGGAGGGGGAAUGGGGGACCAUGAUGGUCAAGGGGAUCUUGGGGGUCAUGGGGGUCAUGGGGAUUAUGCUGGUGAUGCAGAAGAGCAUGCGGAGUGCCGGUGGUUGUGCUCUCUUACUUCCCGGAAUGCAUCGCCUGAAGCACUUCCAGAAGAUGCUGCAGCGCCAGCAACGGCCACAGCUGAGGCUACAACUGCUGCUACAGCUGGCCCAGCUACAGCCGGUCCGUUCCUGGGUGUGGCCUGCCUGCCCCACUCACCUCACUCGGAAGCCCAUGUGUCGUCCUAUGCAGACAAAGAGCAAGCCGGUUCAGCUUUUGCAGGGAGGGAGAGGACCCGAGUGCUGGGAGUGGCGCAGGGAGGGCUCUGUGUGUGCGUGUGGACAGUGGAGAUAUGCACAACGAGUGGGGAGGUAGGGUCUAUGGCAGCUGGUGAGAGCGACACAGUGGCUGGGCCAAAGGUGGGAAAAGGAGGGGGAGAAGUGACGUGGGAUGCGAGUGCACGGGCUGUGGGCUGGCUGGUGGGUGUGCAGGAAGAGGAGCGGCAUGGAAGUGCACAGGGGCGCCUAUACAUGCCAUGUACUGUGAUUGUAACGAGCAUGAGUGUGCUCAGGUUCCAAAGCAGCAGUCGAGUCACGUGCCUGCACUGCGCACCUGUGAGUGACGCCCUCUGGGCAUCUUCGCACUCAGCGGAACGAGGACAUGACAAGGGGAAGGACAAGAGCUUGGAUGGUGGUGGUGGCACUGGUGCGUCUGGUUCUGCUGACUUGCAGGCAUUGCAGGAGAUGCUCAGAGGGGUUUCUGCUGGUGGACAGUUUGCUGCCCGUUUUGGGCUGCCCGAGGGGAAGCAUAAGGAGGAGAGGGAGGAGGGUUUGCCGUACGACUUUGCUGUUGGGUGCAGCGAUGGAUGCAUGCGAUUCUGGAAGGAGAAGGGGGGUGAUGUGGCAAGUGAUGAAGCGAACGCUGCCCCAGCAGCAGCACUAGCAGCAGCAGCAGCAGCAGCAGCAGCAGCAGCAGCAGCAGCAGCAGUGGCAGUAGAAGGAGGAGCAGAAGCUGCAGCGGAGGGGAGCGUCAGCUCUGGAGCUUGGGAAUGUGUUGGCUGCGUUAGAGUCUCCUCUGGACCCGUUAUAAGCACUAGCGCAUGUCCGAGCGGCACCCUCUUCGCGUCAGUGGCAGUAGAGGGCAACAAAGACAGUCAACCAAGGAGCAUUCAGCGAGAGAGGCCCAUGGGACGCCUGUCUAUGGAAGGAGCAGACGAAACAGCAAAUGAAACUGCAAAUGAAACAGCAGAUGAAACCGAGAACGGGUCAGCAGUGGGAUCAACUGUGUCUCUGUGGGAAAUGCUUCCUGCUGCCAUUCCCGGCUGGUCGUCCUUUCGACUGGAAGGAGAGAUCCAAGUCUCCCUGACCACACCACUAGGCUCGGCAGCUGGGGCUGCUUCUGCCGAACCUGCUGCUCUGGAAUGGCUGGGGCGCGAAGCAGUGCUCAUGGCUUGGCACGAUUCCGGCAACGGGCAUUCACUCCUUGCAGUAGCCGCAGCCUCUAGGGUUUGCAUCUUCACACGCGCACGCACGCCUGCUCCUCUCCCCCUUAACCCCAAUCUCGGCCCCCUAGGCUCCCUUGGUGCUGCCACCGCUGCUGAUGGUGUGGCUGGUGCAGGGGGUGGUAGUGGCAUUGCUGCUGCUGGGGGUGGUAGUGGUCUUGGGUCUGCUGGUCAGGACAAGGGAAGUGUAUACCAGGAGUGGAAUCGGUCAGGGGGAAGGAUACAGGAAGCUUCCACGGGGAGGCGUGAUCCAGGGGAGGGGGUGCUGCUGGUUGGCACGGGGCAGCAGCUGCUGGUGAUCAGCCCAGUGAUGAAAGCAGAGGCUGGAGCAGCAGCAGCAGGAGCAGUGGUAGCAGCAGGGGAAGGGGGAGGUUUAGGUCCAGGAGGGGCUAAUGCAGCUGGUGCGAUCCCAGCAGCAGACGGACCAGGCUUCAGGGCAGGAGGGGUUGGGGGGACAGGCACUGCAGCAGCAGCGGCGGCAGCGGUGGCAGCAGGGGGAGACAGGGCAGGGGGUCUAGCAAGCAAGGGCGGGCUUGGGCUUGCUGAUUCCCGGGAACCAUCAGCAGCGGACCUGUCCAUCUCCCCCUGGCUCUCCCCCGCCAGCUCCCUAACCUCCAUGUCGCACCUCAGCCUCACAGACCUGGCAGUUGUGGCCUCCCGAAGCGGCAGGUCCGGGGCUGGCGCGCAGGCUCGGCCCGUGCCUCGGGUGUCGAGCCGGCUGUCUCUGCCUCUCUCUGCAUCGGACCCGGCGCUAGCAGCCGCUCAGAGUGUUCUUGUUGGGGCAGGUGUGGCGGGGGCAGGGGCAGGAGGAGCAGGACGGGGAGGGGUGGGAGGAGGGGUAGGCGGCACAGGAGGGGGUCGGCUGAUGCCAUACACUCCUUCUGCUCCCAACUUUGGCCUUCUGGCGGGUUCUGCAAGAAGUGAUACUGGCAGCAGUGGGGGCGAGGACGUGAAAGUGUCAGCGUUGGUCAAAGCCCUGGAUGGCAGUGGGCGGCUGCUAUUAUCAGAUGCAGUGGCGGCAGUGGCGUCAGUGGUCCCUGAUUACCACCCCACUGCCAUCUGGACUUUGCUCAAUCAGGGCCUUGUUCAAUCCGCCCGGGCCUGCAUCCGCCAUCUCGCUCACUCUCUUGCCUGUUCACUUGCCCAUUCUCUUGCCCGUUCGCUUGCCACGGCCCAUGUGAAUACUCUCUCCUCCUCUUCCGCUCGUUCCCGCGUCUCUCCCUGUGUCCCCUACUCUCAGCUGUGCCUGCCUGCUCCCUCCUCCUCGCUUGCACCUGCCUCGACUGCUGGUGUGGCUGGUGCUUCUGCUGCUUCCAGUGGCCGUUUCAGCACAUUAGGGAGCAGUAUGGGUAGCAGGCUGGGAGUUGCAGGUUCUGGGUUUGGUGCGGGUAGCAGCGGUGGUGUUGCUGGGGGUGUUGGUGGAGGGAGUAGUGCUGGUGGUGGUGGUGGGGGGUCCAAGGGGGCGUAUAACCCUUUCAGCCUUGUGAACGUGAGGAGUGCUUUGGAUGAUAGUGACGAUGAGGAUGACGAGGGGUCGAGGGGGACGAGGGAGGCAUCAGGAGAGAGCAGCCAGAGCUGGGCUGGCGGCGUUGCUGGUGAAAUGAGUCUUGGAGGAGAGGGAGGUGUGAAGGGUGGUGGUGCCGUUGUGUCUCCUGCAGUGUUGCGGUGGCAGCAGCUGCAGCAGAGGGUGCUGGUGGGGGGGCACGCCCCCUUCACACAGGACGAAGCCACGGCCAUAUUCCAGGUGCUAUCUGAUGCAGGCAGCACUAUUCGCAGUGGCAACAGCAGCAGCAGCAGCAGCAUCAGCAGCAGCGCUGGUGGAGCAGGGGCGGGGGUGCCUGGCUUGACUGCUGGUGAAGCGGACAUGGUGGUAGUGUUGUUGGAUGUGGUGGCUGCGAUGGAUGGGGUGAGCAUCAGAGAGGAGCGAGAGGGGGAUGGUAGCGAUGUAGGUGGUGGCUCUAUCGGGAAGGAGGCUGGCGGAACGGGCACAGCAGCGUCAUCUUCAUUGGCCCGUGCGGUCAUGGCUCUGGAUGAACCGGGGAAAAGGAAGCACCAGCAGCGCCGCGCUGCCGCCAUCGCCGCCGCUGCCGCUGCUGCAGCAGCGAAAGAGGCGUCCACUGCAGCAAGCACUAGACUGGGAGCAGGUGCUUCCUCCACUGACCGUAGAGGCAGCAGCAGCAGCAGCAUCAGGCCUGGGGGGGGGUUAUCCGGGGGAGGCGCAUCUGGUGGUGGGAGAGUGGACGGAGGCAAUCAGGUGCAGCAGCAGGGGCAGCAGGGAGAGGGGGAGGGGCAGGGGCAGUUGGAGGUGGAGUCUCGAGCAGUGGCGUGGGCGGUGCACACAGAAUCAGUGGGCGAUCUGGUGAACGCGUGUCUGGAGGAUGCUGACAAGCCCACCUGGGCUGGAUUGAGGGCGCUGGGUGUGGGCUACUGGCUCUGCAACACCAUGCAGCUACGGCAACUGAUGGAGCGAGUGGCGAGGGCGCAGUACCAGCAGCGGCGGGACCCCAAGGACUGUGCACUGCUGUACAUGGUGCUGGACCGCCGCACCGUGCUGCAGGGGCUGCUCAAGCUCAGCAGGGACGACCGCGACAAGAAGCUCGUUGACUUCCUGGGGCGGGACUUCUCGGAGGAGCGCCACAGGGCAGCGGCCCUGAAGAACGCCUAUGUGCUCCUGUCUCAACACAGGUUCGAAUUGGCAGCCACCUUCUUUCUCCUAGGGGAGGACAUCCCCUCCGCCGCCUCUGUGUGUGCGCGCAACCUGCGGGACCCCCAGCUGGCGCUCGUGCUGUGCCACCUGCGGGAGGACAAGGCGGGGGCGGUGGCGUACUCCAGGGAUGUGAUUGAGCGGCUGCUGCUGCCGGAUGCUGCUGCCAAGGGGGACUCUUGGAUGGUGUGCACACUCAAGUGGCUUAUGGGGAGAAAGCUCGAGUCUCUUCAAGACCUUGUUUAUCCUCCCACCAGCACACCCCCUUCCUCACUCGCUCCUCCUCCUCCACUGCCACCUCAGCACUCACCCCGUCACAACCCGCCACAUCAUCACCAUCACAAGCAGCUGCCACGUCAGCAGCCGAGCCUGCUGGCGCUGAGGGUGGCGGCGUUUUGCACCACGGUGGCAAAGAAGCCGGGGUUAGGGGAGGAUACAGAGGCAGUGCAGAGACUAGCAGCAGUGGCAGCAGUUGAGGCUGUGAGCGGGAGUGACCACAUGGGACUCGUGCUGCAGGCUGUACUGGAAAUCACCAAGCAGAGGGGUUCUGGUCUGGUUCAGAGCGGUGCUAAUCAGGUGCAGAGCGGUGCGGGCGGUUCAGUGGUGGAGCAUGGGAUUUCCAAGACAGCGGCAGCUUCAAGAGGCGCAGGUGAAGCAAGCUCUUCUACUGUGUCGAUGCCAUCAGCGUCCAUGCCAUCAGUGCCUAAGGCUGCAGUGUCUGUGCCAGCAUUGGUGGGGGAGGGAUGGGUGCACCCAGCAGUGGUGGCAGCAGUGCAAGCAGCCAAGCUGCGGCAGCUGCUCAGGCAGAGAGCCGCUGCCGGCCUUGCUGCGGCUGGUGAGGUGAAAGGUACAGCAACAACCAAUGAUGGGGGAAGAGCAGAGGGCAGAGGAGGGAGAGGAGGUAGGGGAGGGGGAGAAGGAAGAGGCAGAGUCGGAGGAGGAGCAGGAGGAGGGGACAGUGGUGUGGAGGAGUUGGUGGAGGAGGUGGAAGCAUGGUCCAAGCACUGUAAAGUUGAUGCCACUGCAUCCCUUGCUGCU